CCCAACCAGCCCCACAGCCGCCGCCGCCGGCUCCCCAACCCAAAUCCGUCGGUGUACCCCUACGCCGCCGUACCCUACCCCAGGUAGUCCAACCAGGCGGGCGCGCCAGAAGAUCGAGGAAGUACAGAGCAAGGUACGGCCCCUGCUACGCUACCCUACAAGCAAGUCGCUCCCCCCCUGCGCGAGAAUUCGCCGGCGCGCCGUUGGACGGCGGCGCGGCGCAAUUCUCCGGUGGUCGCCGUACCUCCUUGUCGUGAAGAACGGCGUGCCGGCAGCAGAGCUGUUGGUGUGACGGGACUCUACAGCGAGGCGGCGAAAAACAAGGAUCAAUCAGAUCGGGAGGGCAAAUAAUUCCUUUCCCCGCCGCACGAUCAUGGUUGAGCCUCUAAUGGGGGAAGUGACGUUCUUCAAUUAUCAAGUCAUUUUGCGAUUUCAAGAUGUAUUAUACUUACCUAUUGUUGGUUCCUUAUGCAGGAUGGCAAACAAAGGUAAUCCCGGAGCGAAGAGGAAGAAGAAGCAGGAGGCUGGCGGGCAGAAGAAUCAGGAAGCUGGAGGGGAGAAGAAGCAGGGGGCUGGCGGGAAGAAGAAGCCGACCCUGCACUGCUUGGCACUUGAGGAGGAGAGAGGAUGUAAAAAGUUCAAUGAAUAUAUGCAAGAACUGGCUAACAAGUCCCCUGGAAAAGAUAUAUGCGUGGUUGAGCCAUCUCGGGGGGAUACACAAACACCUGGUGAAGCACUGCUAAUUGAAGAGGCCCAGACAGCAAUCCUCAGAGUCAUUCAUCUAUACAAACAAAAACAACAACAAAGCCUUUAGUCCCAAACAAGUUGGGGUAGGCUAGAGGUGAAACCCAUAAGAUCUCGCAACCAACUCAUGGCUCUGGCACAUGGAUAGCAAGCUUCCACGCACCCCUGUCCAUAGCUACGAGGAAGGCUGGUGCUUCAGCACAGUCAGCGAGAGCAAUACAGUCGUCACAAAUCAAGACAUUCCUAAGAUUCUGAAAGAUAAUCGGGUGAGAGCAACAGCGGAAACAGUUACCAAAUGCGUGACUGGUUUAGCUGAAAUGCUUAAGAGGGUUGUCAUGGAUUUGAGCCCAUCCUACCGACAGGAUCCUAAUAUCAACAAGGAGCUGCGUCACCUCCUUGGUUUGAUACGCAGAUACAAGUUCAGGGCAUGCACAUUUUUGAUCAAGUACCACGCAGCUACAGUUCCUCUAAUCAACAGACUGAUUCUCUUCAUUAUGAUCUAUGAUCAUACUGUAGAGAUUCUAAGGCGCACUGACCCUAAGGCGUAUAACACAGUAAUGACGAGUCUUGACUGCCCAGCAAAUUGGGACAAUCUUGUGAGAAGUAAUAACUUUCUUCUGAUGUACUACGACUGUGGAAAGUACGAUCCACAGGCGACUACUGAUGGUACAGACCCAGUACUGGAGCCUUUGAAGUUCCUCAGGAACUGCCCAUCACAUGCGAUGCGACAUAGCUUUUCUCGAGACGGGGGUGCAUUUUGCAGGUUUGAUCUUGCAAGAGCUCAAUAUCAGAGGUUUCCUGAGGUCAUGGUAUCAAUGCAGACGAGUUUGCAUUCGCUGGGGGAACUCCAAGCCUUGGGAACGCAAUAUCUGUUCCCUGCAAAGAUAAAAGUGACGCCCAAAGGGCCUGAAUCCUGAUACUGAGUAGUUCCAGGCCUUGUUAACGCAAUAUAUCUGUUGCAAGCAAGGAUAAAAUUGACGCCCAAAGGGCCUGAUACAGACUAGCUCCAGGCCUUGGGAACGCAGUAUCUGUUCCCCGCAUGUAUAAAAGUGACGCCCAGAGCCUGAUACAGAGUAGAUACCAUAGUUCUUUUGUCCUGUUGUCUGAGAUACUUUAGUGGCUGUUCAAUCUCUUAGUUGACUUGGCCACUUGUAACUGUAGUAUACGGUAUUGCUGUAGGUGUGUAGUAGUGAUACAUAUUCCUAAUCCAACUUCUGUUCCUACAGAGUUUGAAAGAUCAUUUUGUUCUCUCCAUGCUGCAAA